GUAAAGUUGAUGUGAAAACUUUGAGCCGCCAUAAAAAGCAUGACCUGAAUAGAAUAGAUCGUAAAAAUAAGCUGAGUCAGAUUCGUAAAGCAAAAAGGGAAGAAGUUGUUAUGCAGAAGAGAGGCUUAGGAGGUGUAAAUAGUCCACCAAUAUUGACGGUGAUUUUGCCACUUAAUGAUACAAUUGAUGCUGAAAAAUUUCUGGAUGAUAUGAAAAAUUGUGAUGAUGAUAACUUGCUUGUUAUCAAUAAUAAAUUUGGCCAUUGUCAUGUAAGUUCUUCUCGACUGAAACAAAGAUUUACUUUUUUAAUUCCUAAUACAAAAGAUCUGAUUUCUGUGAUGGAUGCUAUGAAGGUUGCUGAUGUUCUAGUUCUGAUCCAUUCUUCUGAUCCUCCAGAUGAUAACAAAAAUAUGCUUUUGUCUGUGAUCAUUGCUCAUGCUUUACCUACAACAAUUCAUGUUGUUCAGGGCUUAGAAAAAUUAAACCCAAAAAAGAAAGCUGAGUGUCGAAAGCAUAUAUUGAAAACUUUGGAAAAGAGAUUUCCUGAUGAGAAACUUCACUCAGCUGACACAAAACAAGAAUUUCAACUUCUUCUUCGUCAGAUUGGGUGCCAAAAGCAGCGUCCUGUAGCAUUUAGAGAUGCACGUUUUCACUUAUUAGCAGAAAAUAUUGAAUAUGAUCCUACCUUAGAUAAUGGUACACUAAAAGUAUCAGGAUAUGUUCGAGGUAAACCACUAAACGUGAAUGGACUUGUUCAUAUACCUGGCUGGGGUGAUUUCCAAAUGAGUCAAGUAGAUUAUGAAAAUGAUCCUCAUCCCUUUGCUAACAAAGCAAAACCUGGUGUUCAUAAAGAUGUAGAAAUGGCCUCAGAUAAUGUACUUUUUUCUAACAAACCAAAUCCAUCUGAACAAGAAUCCUUACAGUCAGAGGUUAUACCUGAUCCCAUGGAAGGAGAACAAACAUGGCCUACUGAAGAAGAGCUAAAUGCAGCCAUGUUAACACCCAAGAAAAAAGUUAAAAAAGUAGCUGAAGGAACAAGUGAUUAUCAGGCUUCCUGGAUUCUCAAUAGUGAUGAUGAUGAUGCAAGUGAAAGUAGUGAAGAUGAAAGUUAUGAUGAAGAUCAGUCUGGAUCUGAAGCAGUCGGUGAUGUUGAAAUGGAUGAUGUGGAAUCUGUACCAGAAUUAAAAGAUGAAAAUUAUGAUAAGCAGUUGGAUUUGGAUGAAGAAAAGAAAAUGCUAGUGAGAUUUAAAGAAGAACGCUUGAAUCAGAUGUUCCCCGAUGAACUAGAUACUCCUAUCGAUAUCAGUGCAAGAGUAAGAUUCCAAAGGUAUAGAGGUUUAGAAAGCUUCAAGAAAUCAGUCUGGGAUCCUUUAGAAAAUUUACCUCCUGAUUAUUCACGGAUUUACAUGUUUGGAAGCUUUAAGCAAACAAAGAAGAAAGUUUUAACUGAAGAAAAAGAAGGAGCAAUGCCGGGACUGUACGUGACCAUGCAUAUCAUAAAUGUGCCACAGUCGUUAUACGAGAAUACAGAAAAAUCACCUUUUGUUGUGUAUGGUUUGCUGCCUCAUGAGCAAAAGAUGUCUGUUGUGAAUGUUAUAAUUCGUAAACAAACUUCAUGUCAGACUCCAGUAAAAUCAAAAGACACUUUAAUCUUUCAUGUUGGAUAUCGUAGGUUCACUUGUCAACCAAUAUUUUCAGAACAUAACCAUAUUGGUGAUAAAUUUAAAUAUGAACGUUUUCUACCACAUGACGAACCCGCUGUUGCUUCUUUUUAUGCUCCUGUGAUAUUUCCACCAGCAUCAGUCACAGUUUUCAGGCAGUGUCAAGAUGGUAGUCAUGAACUAAUAGCUACAGGUUCAGUCCUUGAUGCCAAUCCUAAGCGUAUUAUUAUAAAACGAAUAGUUCUCAGUGGGCAUCCUUUUAAAAUUUUUAAAAGAAGUGCUGUUGUAAGAUAUAUGUUUUUCAAUAAAGAGGACAUUAACUGGUUCAAAAAAAUCAAGUUGAGAACUAAAUGUGGAAAUAUUGGUAACAUAAUACAAUCAUUAGGUUCCCAUGGGCACAUGAAAUGUGUUUUUGAAAAACAGUUACAAUCUCAAGAUGUUGUUUUAAUGUAUCUUUACAAAAGAAUAUUUCCAAAAUGGACUUAUGACCCUUAUAUUCCAACUCCAACUACUAUCAGUGUUGCAAAUGAUGUAGAAAUGUUGUAAAUAAAUUAUGCUUAAUAUGC